AUGGAGGAUCUUUCGAGCUUGAUCAAACAAAGAGGCCGCACUAAGGCCAAGCUCACUGCAUUCAGUAAUUAUCUCGCGCUGAUAGCCAUCGAGCCAGAAAGACAAAUAGAAAUUAACAGUCGUUUAGAAAAAGCAGAAGAAUUAUGGAAUGAAUUCGAAUUACUACAAAACAAAAUAGAAGAUCUAGAUAACUCUGACAUGCAGGCGCAGCAGCGCACAACUUUUGAAGAUUCGUAUCAUGAAUUAAUAAGCAAGGCCAGGCAAAUCAAGCUGAAAGAUCAUCCAAUGUAUUCUCAGCCCGCGGCAGGCAUAUCUCAGGCGAUAAUUCAGCCGCAUGCGGCAGCAAUAAACGAAACUGCAAUUGUUCAAACGCGCGCGAUACUACCAACCAUAGAUCUGCCAAAAUUUGAUGGAAAUUAUGAACGGUGGGUGCCGUUUAGAGAUUUAUUUGAGUCACUUAUAGCGACAAAUUCGGUUCUUACAGCUGUUCAAAAAUUAUACUAUUUAAGAUCUGCACUGACUGGCGAAGCAGCUAAGAUAAUAGCCUCGUUAGAAAUAACCAACGAUAACUAUGUUAUCGCUUGGGAAUUAUUAAAAAAUAGGUACGAAAAUAAACGUUUAAUAGUUCAGUAUCUCAUUCAAGCAUUGCUCGAUUUAGCGUCUAUCAAUAAAGAAUCGUACUCAGAUUUAAGGCAGUUGGUAGAUAAUGCAUCGCAGCACAUUCAAACCUUAACAAAGCUUGAGCAGCCUGUCGCCAGCUGGGGCACAUUAUUAAUUCACAUUAUAUUACCAAAGGUGGAUAAAGGUUCGCGAAGGGAGUGGGAGUUAAAAAGAUCUAACAGAGAGGAAUUUCCAACUCUAGCGGAAUUCAUGGAUUUUUUAACGAAUCGUAGCAUGUUUUUAGAGGCGUUAUCUCAUACGAAUCGAAAUGCGCAGCCCCCCAGCGACGCGCGCAGCAAUAAAGUAACUCAACCGCAAAAUAAAAAUGUCGCUCAAGCAUAUGUUUCAACGGACAGGGGAGCUUGCGCAAUGUGUUCCAAAAAUCAUAAAUUACACGAAUGCAAAGCAUUUCUUAGUUUAUCAGCGGAAGAUAGAAGCGCUGAAGUGAAAAAGAAAAAAUUAUGCUUCAAAUGUCUUAAUAGUUUCCAUGGUAGAAAUUGUAAAGCUCCCAACUGCAAAGAAUGUCCCGGGUAUCACAAUACAUUAUUACAUAGGCUCAAAACAACUUCGGAAACUUCAAAUAGCAGUAACUCAAAAACAGAAAGCAUUGAGUCCGCGACGGCCAAUCAAGGAGUUGCCGUUGUAUCAAAUAAAUGCAUAGCUACCUUAAAUAAUCAUAAUUUAGAGGGAGGCCCUCAAGUUCUUUUGUCAACUGCCGUCGUUUUGGUGCGUGAUAGAGACGGUGCUUCACACGAAUGCAGAGCCUUACUCGAUAGCGGCUCACAAUCUAACUUUAUUACAAAGGAACUCAGUAAAAAAUUAAAUUUAAAACAAAAAACAAUCAAUAUGUCCAUCGGGGGCAUAAGUAAUAUACCAAUAAAAAUAGCUCAACAAACGCAAGCAACCAUUCAAUCGCGCGUGAAUGAAUUUAAGACCGAUCUUCAUUUCUUAAUUAUUGAUAAAAUCACAGAACGAUUGCCGAUACACAAAAUAAAUAAAACAGCGUUAGAUAUUCCAAAUAAUUUAGAACUAGCAGAUCCAACAUGCCAUAUUCCCAGCGACGUAGACAUGUUAUUGGGAGCCUCUAUAUUUUGGGACCUCAUAAGUGGAGGACAAGUCAGAGGAUCAAAUCAAUCCAUCGUUUUUCAAGAAAAACGUCUAGGAUGGAUCGCUGCGGGUCCAAUGGAAACGACCAAUGCAUGUCAGCAGAAAAGAUCGUAUUGCGGGAUGACUACAACCUUACACAAGCAAUUAGAAAAAUUCUGGAGCAUAGAGGAGAUGGUGCAAUCGCCACCCGUUUCGGAAGAAGAAAAAAUAUGUGAACAGCAUUUUCUAGAAACACAUGCCAGGGACUCUGAAGGGCGAUUCAUAGUGCAGCUACCGCUGAAGGGCAACAUAGAUGAAUUAGGCGAAUCCAUGGAAACAGCAACAAAACGUUUCAAGGCAAUUGAGCGAAAGCUCAAACGGCAACCGGAACUCAAACAGACCUAUAGCAGCUUCAUAUCAGAAUACCUAAACCUAAAUCAUAUGGAAGAAGUAUUGCAAAAGGACGCACAAUGCAAAUUAUCUUACUAUCUUCCGCAUCACGCAGUUACUAAGGAAGAUAGCGAAACAACAAAGGUCAGAGUAGUAUUCGACGCAUCUUGCAAAAGCUCCACUGGAAUAUCAUUAAAUGACUGCCUAAGGGUCGGACCCACCAUACAACAGGAUCUGUUUAGCAUCAUUCUCCGCCUGCGUCAGCACCGAUAUGCAAUGUCUGCAGACAUUGCAAAAAUGUAUCGACAAGUCAAAGUUAUUGAUGAGCACACUCAUUUGCAACGGAUUCUUUGGAGAUGGAAUGAAGAUGAGCCUAUUCGCACGUUUCGCCUCAAAACAGUCACGUACGGCUUAGCCUGUUCGUCCUUUCUAGCCAUUAGAUGCCUUCAGGAAAUAGCAUCGCAACAUCAAAAAGAAUGUCCUGAAGCAAGUAGGGCCAUAUUGAACGACUUCUACGUAGACGACCUACUAACGGGGGCAUCCACAGUCAAAGAGCUCAAGCAGUUAAGACAAAGUACAACUAAAAUACUAAACAGUGCUGGAUUCGAACUGCGAAAAUGGAGGUCCAACAUACCGGAAAUUAGCGAUAAGAAUACUUCCAACAAUUCCAUGGUGGAGAUUGGCGAACCUACAAAAAUACUAGGAUUAUAUUGGGACGUAAAUCAAGACGUAUUUCAAUACAGAUUGCGGCUGUCAGAAGAAACAAGCAAAAUCACCAAACGUAAGGUGUUAACUCAAGUGUCGCAAAUAUACGACCCCCUCGGAUGGUUAGGGCCAAGCAUAGUCAAAGCGAAAAUAUUGCUACAACGCUUGUGGCAAACCAAUAAAGGUUGGGAUGAGCCAAUCUCAGGAGAAAUGUUGGAAAUGUGGAAGCAGUGGAGAUCUCAAAUUCACAACGUUCAACAAAUUUCAAUACCCAGGAGAGUAUUAGAGAACCAACAAGAUCGAACAGAACUACAUGGGUUUUGUGACGCAUCUGAAGCGGCAUAUGGUGCUUGCUUAUACAUUCGCAGCAGCACGGACGAAAACACAUACAACACAAGGCUACUAUGCGCCAAAUCUAGAAUAGCUCCCUUAAAAAAGGUAUCACUGCCUAGAUUAGAAUUAUGUGGAGCAGUUUUAUUAGCACGCCUUUCCGAAAAGGCUUCACAAGCAUUGAACAUCACUGUUCAUAAUACAUACUACUGGAGCGACUCAACGAUAACUCUAUCAUGGAUCGGGAACGAGCCUAACAAAUGGCAUACAUUCGUCGCAAAUAGGGUCGCUGAGAUACAGCGCAUCACCAACAAGGCAGCAUGGUACUAUGUAAAAUCAGAGGAUAAUCCCGCCGAUCCACUAUCAAGGGGAAUCAGCCCUGACAAAUUAAAAUCACAAACAAUCUGGUGGGAAGGUCCAAAAUUCCUUGCAGCGCAAUACGAAAAUGCAGCCAUACGAUUGCAAGGGCAACGAAGGUCACACGCCUGA